CCUAGCAAGCCACCUUUCCCCCGUUUCCUUUUCUCUGCUCCACUCGUCUCUUUCAAAUAAUCCACUUCCCCACACAAAACCAAACCAAAAAAAAAAAAAAAACCCUCGCUUUUCGUUAUUUCUUCUUCAAUUCUCUGCUACAUUUCCCUUUGAUCAAGUUCUAUCCUUUUUUUUUAUUCUCUUUCCGUUUCUUCUCUUCAAAGAAAACCCGGUUUUUCCCACUAUUUUCUAUAAAGCUUAAUUAUCCAAAGAAUCAUCCUUUUAUUUAUUUAUUUUUCUACUCGAUCCGAUCUUUACUUUGUCCACCAUCUUUCAUCAUCUUGCUCUUUAUUUCCUCAUAGCUUGUUUCCUUUCUUUUCAAUAGGUUUCUCUCACUGUAUUUGCCUGUUUUUAGUAUAAAUUCUAAGUUCCAAGCUUGUUUGUUUACAAUCUUCAAGAGUUUCAGCUUGUUUUAUUGUUUUAUAGAAAUAAACUCUCUCUCACUCACUCUAAAGUUUUAUACUUAAAGCCAAAAAAAAAAAGAAGAAAAAAACAGAAACCCAGAUUUUCCUCCGUUGUUCUUUUUCUAGAUUCUCUUGAUUCUUUAAAAGAUUGUACUUUUAGAUUCUUCAGUUUAUGCUGUUGAAAAAAAAUAUUGAUUAUUGAUUCCCAAGUAAAUGAUUCUGAUUUUAAUGCUCUCUUAAGCGUCUAAAACUCUUCACUUUCUGCGGUCAGUACUCUCUCUUCUUUAGUUUCAUAUUUCUUUAAUUUCCAAUAUCAAAAAUUUUUCUUUUGAGUUAAAAUUGCUUUUUUUUUUUCUUAGAUUUUGUCAAGUAUGGAAACUUUGUUUGCAACUUCUUUUAUGUUGGAUUUGGAUUGGUUUGAUGAAGAGAGCAACAGCACAUAUUGGACUAAAGAGGAAAACAAAAUUUUUGAGAGUGCUUUAGCAAUAUAUGGUGAAGAUGUUCCUGAUAGAUGGAUAAAAGUAGCGGCAAUGAUACCUGGAAAGAGUGUUUCGGAUGUGAUUAAACACUAUAGGGAAUUGGAAGAAGAUGUUUUCGACAUAGAAGCAGGGCGAGUUCCGAUACCAGGUUAUCUUAGCUCAUCUUUUACUUUAGAAUUGGUUUAUAAUGGUGAUUUUGAUGCGUAUAGGAAGAGGCCUACCGCAGCUAGAGGUCCUGAUCAGGAGAGGAAGAAAGGGGUGCCAUGGACAGAAGAAGAACACAGGCGCUUUCUGAUGGGACUUCUGAAGUAUGGUAAAGGGGACUGGAGAAACAUCUCCCGGAAUUUUGUGAUUUCUAAAACUCCAACUCAAGUUGCAAGCCAUGCUCAAAAGUACUAUCAGAGGCAGCUUUCAGGAGGGAACGAUAAGAGGAGACCAAGCAUCCAUGACAUUACAACUCUCAAUCUCACCAACACUGCUUUUUCAGGCAAUCAUAAGCCUCCUUCAGUAAAUCAGUCUGAUGUGAUUGCAUUGCACCAAAAGCUGGCCAGCAUGCAUAAAGUAGGCCGUAAUUGGAAUCACCCCAAUGAUGGAUUAGCUAUAGCUUUCAAUUCAACUCAUUGGAACUCAUUUACAUGAUCUCAAUACCAGAUUGCUUCAUAUGGCCUGAAACUUUUGGGGCAAAAUCUGUAUGGCAGUGCUUAUCAUUGAACUCAUAUCAAACCGCAAAGCUCAGUGUUCUAAACCCUUACACGGUAUGAAAUGCAUGGAUAUAUAGGGCUGUUGUUUUCUGCUGUACUCAAUAUUUCAAUUUCAAAUCUAAUAAUGUUGAGAAUCCUUUUUCAAAAUGUUCCUGUGAUAGAGUAGAGGGAACACUACUAGGUUUACAUUAUGAAUGAAAAACAGCUGUUCGGAGUAUGAAUAAAAGAAAAACCAUCUUAGACCCUUACUAUUUUUUGCAUUUAUUCGUCAGACAAACAUUUAUCCAAGUUCUGGAUUCUCCGUUAGCUUUGGUAAUUUUCCUAGCUUUUGGUUUUCUCCAUUCUGAUGGAGGCUAAGGCCUUGUUCGAUGAUUAGUCACUUUGUCCAUAGCUGAACUGAACCUUGUGAGACCAAGAACCAAAAUACAAUGGCAUUAGCGGAUGUGUACGAGGCAAGAUCGAUGAUUUGUUAUUGAGAUAUUUA